AUGUGGCUUGGCAUCCCGAACUCCCUCUCGCGGAGCCUCAAAAACGUCAACGGCUAUCGCGACCUCCUUUCAGCGCCAACCGGCUCCUCUCCCCCUCCCGAUCGCCCACCAGACCUGCCUAUCGACCCAGAGCGACGGCUGGCACUUUCGCAUGUGUAUCGUCGCCGCUCUGGCCACCGCCGCGUGUCCGCUUUGACUCCGGUCAGCGCGUCGUCGUCGUCGUCCCCCUCCCCCCGGCCCCGUGCUCCGCUCCCCACAUGUCUCGCGCACCAGCUCUCCCAUCGUCUUUCGGAGCCUGGAAUUCAUCCUCUCUCGGCGAAUCUGCCUCUCGCAGGCCGUAGCCGCCUUCGUCUUGUUACGGGUGUGCCGUUCGUUCGUUCCGUUCGUUAG